AUUUUAAAUAGAAAUGUGACCGUUCAUGUGUGUGUGUAGUUUGUACAGUAUUGCACGGAGUAAGGGUUUUUAUUUUUAUUUAAAUACUAGUAAAAAUGAAGUAACAAGUGCAGAGUGUAAUAUGUCCCUGUGAAACUGUAGGACAGCUUCUGUGUGCAUCCUGUGUAGUGGAGUGUGUGUGUUUAAGUGUUGUGGUUGAGGUGUCAUAUGGCUUGGUGGUUAAAACUUGCGCAGGCAGAGUCCUGUAACGUCUGCCAGAUGGUAACAAGGAGAACAGCUGAUGAAGCUGUGUGCUGUGAGCUGUAGUCAAUGAAGAGCAUUCUUGCGUAUGUAUUCCCUUUUUCCAGGUAAGUGAGCCAGUGUGCAUUGUCAGGGCGAUGGCAUCCUCUGUGGCUCUGUAUGUUUGAUUGGCGAACUGAAGAGGUUCCAGCAUGUCAGGGAGGGAGGAGCAGAUGUGACCUUUAGCCAGCCGCUCGAGGCACUUCAUGAUGACAGAUGUCAGUGCAACAGGACGGUAGUCAUUCAGACAGGAGACCACUGAUUUCUUAGGAACAGGAAUGAUGAGUGCAGACAUGUCUGCUGCCAGCUGUCUUCUAUCUGAAGAUCAGUUUCUGUGCUCCAUCUGUCUGGAUGACUUCACUGAUCCAGUCUCCACACCAUGUGGACACAACUUCUGCAAAAACUGCAUCAGUAAACACUGGGAUAUCAGUGACAGGUGUCAGUGCCCUGUGUGUAAAAAGGUGUUUGAGACCAGACCUGAGCUGCACAUCAACACUUUCAUCUCUGAUGUGGUUUCUCAGUUCAGACAUGAAACUCAGCAGAAAUCCACCAGCAGCAGCAGCUCAGAGCAACAAGCUGCCAAACCAGGAGAAGUUCCCUGUGACAUCUGCACUGGAACCAAACUGAAGGCCCUGAAGUCCUGCCUGGUGUGUCUGGCCUCCUACUGUCAGACUCACCUGGAGCCUCACCUGACAGCUUCAUGUCUGAAAAGACAUCAGCUGAUUGAUCCUGAGGAGAACCUGGAAAGCAGGAUGUGUAUGAAGCACGAUAAACCUCUGGAGCUGUUCUGUAAGACCGAUCAGACAUGUGUCUGCAUGCUCUGCUCUGUUAUUGACUACAAGACUCAUGAGUUUGCUCCUCUGAGAGAAGAAUGUGAAGGAAAGAAGGCAGAACUGGGGAAGACUGAAGCUAAAAUUCAACAGAUGAUCCAGAAGAGACGACUGAAGAUUCAGGAGAUCAAAGAGUCAGUGAAGAUGAGUAAAGAUGCUGCAGACAGAGAGAAAGCAGAAGGUGUUCAGGUCUUCACUACUCUGAAGAAGACUCUCAGGAGACGUCAGAACGAGCUCAUAAAGGAGAUUGAAGAGAAACAGGAAACAACAGAGAAACAGGCUGAAGGUUUCAUCAAAGAUCUGGAACAGGAAUUCUCUGAGCUGAUGAGGUGGAGCAGCUCUCACGCUCUAAAGAUCACCUCCACCUCCUCCAAAGCUUCUCAUCCCUGAAAGCUGCUCCAAUCACCAAAGACUGGACAGAGGUCAGUAUCCAUCCACCAUCAUAUGAGGGGACUGUGGUGAGAGCUGUGGAUCAGCUGAAGGAGACACUCAGUAAAGACAUGAAGAAGCUGUUUGAGGCUAAGUUGAAGAGGCUCCAGCAGUAUGCAGUGGAUGUGACUCUUGAUCCUGAUACAGCACAUCCUUAUCUCAUCCUGUCUGAUGAUGGAAAACAAGUACACUGUGGUGAAGAGGAGAAUGAUCUUCCAGACAACUCAGAGAGAUUUUCUGAAAUUCCCAUUGUUUUAGGAAAGCAGAGUUUCUCUUCAGGCAGAUUUUACUUUGAGGUUCAGGUUAACGACAAGACCAACUGUUCCUUAGGAGUGGCCAGAGAGUCAGUCAACAGGAAGGAAGAAAUCGCACCAAGUCCUGAGAAAGGUUACUGGAGUGUAGGAGUAUAUGAAAACAUUUGUGUAGCUCUCGAGGGUCUUCCAGUCUGUCUUCCUCUUCAGUCUUAUCCUGACAAGGUGGGGGUGUUUGUGGAUUAUGAGGAGGGUCUGGUCUCCUUUUAUGAUGUAGAUGAUGCAGCUCUCAUCUACUCCUUUACUGGCUGCUCCUUCACUGAGAAACUUUAUCCAUUCUUCAGUCCCGAAGUUAAUGAUCAUCUGAUCAUCUGUCCUGUCACUCUGUCAGUUUGAUCUUUUUCUAUAUGGACAUUUCAUAAAUUACAGGUUAAUCUCAACAUUUCUCUUCCAGGUUGCUCUGAAAAGGUUUUUGGGCCAUGAAAAUGCACUAGUUUUUCCUAUUUUUCAAUAAAAUAAAAGAGAUAUUGUUAGAACACCAGCAGUGAUCAGCUUUGCUCAGACACAUUCAUGGUAAAAAUGCACUACUUAUCCAUGGUAACACUUUAUAAUAUGGCCAGUGAGUAAGGGUUUAAUUCCUCUACAGGUUUUUUUUUCUUUUUUAGCUGAAAUUAUAAUCUGAUUAUAUUGACCUCAAAAUAGUUAGUGUUAGAAACACUGCUUAUGAAGUGCAUUUAUUUAAAACACUACAUUUGAUGAUUCAUGAUUAAUAUCAAUAAUUAUAUUUAAAAUAUAAUCUUAAAUAAAAGUUUGCACAUACUGGUGGAUUAUCCAUUGCAGAAAAAUAAAAUGUUGUUGCUAAUCCAUUAAUUCAGUGCAGUUGCGUCAGAAACCUUACACUGCAUCGUGGUCUGAUGAAUUUAGUAGGUACUGUACACUAGAAAGUAGGUUUAAUAACAAACAUCAUACAUUUUACAGGAAAGGAAACACAAGUUAGACUGUCAGUCAAGGAUAAGUAGAGCAUAGUUUUCAGGUGUUUUAGUGGGGAAAAAAAACUAAAAGAAGACAUUCAUGGUCUUUCUUCUGUUAUAAUUUUGACUCUCAAAAUUCUGAGAGUCAAAUUUUGUAACAUAAGAGGAGAGUUGAGCACUGUACCAUUCAUGAUGGACACCAACAGAGCAUAACAAAAAUAUAACAACACAAAAAACAAUCCAGCCUGUUAGCCUUACCCACCGCCUUUCAGAGGUGGAGCAACACCUGCAAGAGGAGGGCUUCAGUGUCAGAGGCGAGACCUGAAACUUAAAAUGAGAGCUGCAGCUCAGCAAAUCUGUUUCUCUACAAAGGAAUCUUAAACUGAGCUCAUCGAGCCUUCUCAACAGGGGUUAUCACCACGACAGGCACCAACCACCUUGCGGCCACAGCUCAGUACACAAGCCUCAGCAGUGGAGGUGCUGAACAUGGUCCAUUUGGACACUAUGUUCCCAUUUUCCCUUAGAAUGCUAUAAAACGGCGGUCCCCAACCCCUGGGCCAUGGACCGGUACUGGGCCGCGAGAGUUGAAGUUCUGGUGUGAAAUUUAUGGUUUUCAGGGUUUUUAUCGUUAACUUGGUUUCUCUGAGUCUUUUCCCGUGUUGUAGUUGUGUGUCUUAUUUUGAAAGAAAUAUUUACGCCUUACCAUAGCGACCAGAGAGCAUUAAGGAGCAGAGACUCAGAUGAGAGACAAGGGAAGACUGAGACAAUAUAUACACAGAGGUGUGAUAAAGAAAGCAGAAACACAAGGUAAUUUUACACUGUUGCGUUUUAUAUUUUAAAUGGAGCAAUGGAACCACUGUUGGGGGAUGCUAAGAGGAAGAAGAGAGCUGCUGGCGCAAAGAAAUGUCAUGGUCCCAACUCUUCAACAUUACAGUUCUGUUUGUUAUUAAGAUUUCUUUCGUUUAUUUUAAUGUAUUUUUUCUUGUAAUUUUGAGUUUGUAUUCUAGUUUAUGUUAAUUUUGUUUUCCAUGAUCUAAUUCCCAGCUUUGGUUGUCUUCUUUUGUUAUUUGUAAUUAGAGUUAUUGUUUAUACUUGAUCCCCUGGAUUUCAGUUUUCCUGCCAUCCUGUUUUCCCCUGUCUUUAAUUAAUUAUCUUUCAUUUCA